UAGGAUCUUGGCUCCAUAAGGGUUAAAAGAGAUUUAUGGUCACACCAGCUGACAAUUAAAAAUAAACAAAUUUCAAGAAUUCUGUAAAUAUUUCAAACAUUUUAAAUGGAGGAACAAGAAGACCAGGAACAACUCUACAGGGAGGCGCAAAAGAAAGUGGAGCUGGGAGAGGAACUCAAAGUAGCCCUCAAGGACUUUGAAGACAUUCCCGGAGUCACGAAGGUGCAGCGAAAAAUCCAGCAGGAACUCAAGUUUCUAAAUAAGGUGAUUUCCACCAAAUCCGUUAAAGAGCACCACAUAACCAGCAGCAAUUUUGUUUAUUACGACUUUCUUAUUAAAACACUGCGAUUGCAACAAGGAGUCGUGGACAUCAAUGCUGUUUUCCGAUUGGAAUCGCGGGAUAAUCCACUGCGGGUCGAUAUUGUAGCAAACAAUGGGCUCAAGUGGGUGAAGGUGAUAGCCAGGAACUCGAAAUCUGUGGAAGAUGCAGUCCGAGGAUGUGUGAGCAUGGGUGCCAGAAGUGUCUUGGAUCAGGCGGAAGAUUAUCUGGAGGCCAGUUCCCUGCACUUUUGCAUGUUCCAGAAGCCAAAAAUCGUCUUUUACUUUUCCAACAAAAUAGAGGAUUCGCUUCGUGAAGAGCUCCUGGAAAUGGGCGUGCAAACCGCUUCUCUAGACUCGCCGGACAGUGAUGUAGAUGAAUAUGCCACUACUUCGAAUGAACUGAACUUGGAUGUAACCACCCUUCUAGCCUACGUGAGUGCCUUGACGAAUGGAAAUGCCAACUGGGUAUACAAGGAACAGUUGCUCACUGAACAAGCUGAAAGAGAACGAGCUUCCCCCUUGAAACCGCUUCUGGAGAAAAUCCUUGAAGGGAAAAAGCUAGUCUGCUGCCAGCUAGCAUACGAUGCCUUUCAAAAUAUUCUUGACAUAGUCGGUGGGCCGGAGGAGCGAAAGCGGGCCGAAGAACUAAUGAAAAGGGUCAGCGUUUAUCCGGACGUGGAAAGCAUUCCAGAGGAAUUCUCCCACAUUCGCUUCACUGCCAAUGUGAACGAGCGAAGCUUGAAAAUAUUUAGUUUUGGGAUGGCCAGACAAAUUUUUACUGUGACUUCGAAUAAGGCUUUUGUAAGAUCAGCUAAAAUGCAAGGUAUCAAUGUACCUGUUUUUGUACACGCUUCUGUGGCACUAACCGAGGGCAAACAGGCCAACGCUAAACCACUUUGAAAGAUAAUAAAUGUUGAUCAUUUUUAUUUUAA